UCCCAGACUGCAAAUGCUUAUCGUCGCUGUCACCUUUGCGUACAUCUCCCGCCAGAAGACGGAUUUUUAUAAUCCUUGAUGGAAAGGAAUUUUUUCGUGCUAACACCUAUUUCUGCUGUCUCUGCGGAUACGGAAUGGCAGACAUUACACAAAAGAGCUCCCGUCCUGACAGUCGUGAACUGGUGUGCUUCCUGACCGACAAAAUAUGGAUACGCGUUAAUUCUGUCACCUACCUGGUUACCAUCGCGUUUAUUGUAGCUUUAUUUCGAGUCAGCAUCUUUGGUAUCGCUGCUUUGGGCUGUUCUGACGCCAACUAUUAUUAUUUCCCUCCAAAUUACACUGUACAGGACCGACACCUUGUCUCGAAAGACGUCACCGUAAUUAUUUUUCUCCUCUUCUGCCUUUUGCCCGGUGGUCUGUACUUAUGCGUUAUACUUCAAGCAGUUGUGAAAUCGUGGCAUUUGCUCCUCAGUGUGAAAUCAUUCCGUCAGCUUCGCCAUGCGCUGGAUAUGCGGUCAUUUACCAAUUCCUCGGCAUGUUGGCAAAAAAUCAGCGCUGAGCUGCGCGAUAGUUUGCAAUCUGAGAAACUCAUGAAAUGUUUCUGCAUUUUGGCAUUAGGAAUCAUGAUGCCGGUAGUAUCCAGUUACCUGUUGGAAUACUUUUGUGAGCAACCUUAUCACUUUGAUGCCCAACGCAGAAUGCUGCUCAUGUUCUGCAUGAUAGAAGUGCCGGCUGAAUUGCUCAGACGGUUUGUGGGGCAGGAAGCGGAAGACCUGGACUACGAAAUCGUCACAGCCUGGUUCCAGCAACGUGCCGACUGGCUGGUGACCAAGAGCAGUGUAACCAAAUACUACGUGGAAAUAAUCAAUGACCUGAAGGAUUUUGUGAAAUUCUACCAAGUUACGAGAACUCAUAUUAUUGUGUGAAAGAACAGUCGUACAGACAAUUUAAUGCCAGUGAAUUCGGCUGUUGUGCACUACGUAUUGUGGUGUGCUGUACGAGCGAUUAACGCUACGUAAUUUUUCAACUGAAUUUCGAAGAUCUUUGGCACUGUCUGCCGAAUGGAUGUUAAAAUAAUUUUAUUACUCUAUGAUUCUGGUCCGUUUCACCGAUCUGUUAUGGUAUCAGCGCACUGUAUAAUGUG